AUGUCAAGAAUAUAUGAACAAAUAGAAAAAGAUGUUGAAAAAAUAAUUGGUCAAUAUGAUGGAGAUAAAAAUGGAGAAGUAACUAUAAAUGAAGCUAUUGAAUUUUUUAAAAGGAUGGGAUCAAAAUAUCCAGAGAAAUGUGCAAUUGUAUUAUUUAAAAUGUAUGAUCUAGAUAAUGAAGGAAAAAUUUCAUAUGAUGAAAUUCAGGAAGAAAUAUUUAAAAGAUAUCAAGAUAAAGUAAGAGAGGAUCAAAUAAAACAAUAUUUUCAAGAUGAUAUUGAAGCAUUUCUAUUGAGAUAUGAUAAAAAUAGAGAUAAUAGAAUUGAUUUUAAAGAACUUGAACAAUGUUUUGAAAGUAUUGGUUCAGAUCAUCCAAAAGAAAAUGCUAAUCAUAUUUUCACUGAAAUUGAUAAAAACAGAGAUGGAUAUUUAACUAUUGCUGAAAUUAAAAAUUAUUGUAGAAAUACUAUUCGUUCAAAACCAUAUUACCAAUCAUAA